AUGCCUGUGGAUCUGAACGGGUACUGGAAAAUGGUGUCCAAUGAGAACUUUGAAGAUUAUCUAAAAGCUCUGGACGUCAAUUUGGCCAUCAGGAAAAUCGCCAAUUUACUGAAACCGGACAAAGACAUCAGUCAGAAUGGAAACCACAUCACCAUCAAGACGCUCAGCACGUUCAAAAACUACAACAUGGACUUCGAGGUUGGAAAGGAGUUUGAAGAAGACUUGAGUGGAGUGGACGAUCGCCGGUGCAGGACCACAGUCGCAUGGGAAGGUGAUAAGCUAGUUUGUGUGCAGAAGGGAGAGAAGGACGGCCGAGGUUGGACCCACUGGAGGGAAGGAGAUUUAUUACACCUGGAAUUAAGAGUCUGUGGAGUGGUCUGCAAACAAGUUUUCAAGAAACAAAACUAA